AUGUCUUCUAUGCUGCACUACCUCCGCUUCGGCUCCUCCAAGGAGGAGCAAGCACCGGCAAAGGAUACCCCAGUUCGGGCCUUGCCCGCAUCGUGGUACACUACGCAGGAGAUGUACGAGCUCGAGCGUCGCGCCAUCUUCUCGAAGCGCUGGAUCUUCCUCACCCACAGCUCGCGGCUCAAGGAGCCCGGGGACUUCCUGCGCUACGAGAUGGCCGGCUUUGACUUCUUCGUUAUCCGUGACCGUCAAGGCAACGUCAACGCGUUCCACAAUGUCUGCAGACAUCGCGCCUACCCCGUGAUCGAGGACCAGAGUGAAGGAAACAAGAAGAUCGUCGCCUGUCGCUACCACGGCUGGUCCUAUGGGCUCAACGGCAAGCUGGCCAAAGCCCCGGGAUACAAGGAGCUGGACGGAUUUGACAAGGAGCAAAACAGCCUUUUCGGCAUCCAUGUCAAGGUGGACGUCAACGGAUUCAUCUGGGUGAAUAUGGAUGCGAAGGAAACGCCCGAGGUCUCCUGGGAGGAGCACUUCAGGGACGUGGAUAAGCAGGAGCGCUACAAGGCGUACAACUUUGACGACUAUGACCUCGACCACAGCUACGAGCUCGAGGGCGCCUACAACUGGAAGAUUCUGGCAGAUAACUUCAACGAAUGCUACCACUGCCCUACCACGCACGCCGAUAUCCCCGAGUUCCUCAACCUCGACUCCUUCGGCAGCGACACCAAAGACGGACAUAUCCAGCACCACUGCGUCUCCACGCCCGAGCAGAUCGAAAAGGGCCUCUACACCGCAAGCACAUACUACUUCCCGGUAUCCGCGAUGGUCGUGUCACCGCACUUCAUCAUGGUGCAAAAAUUCCUCCCCAAAGGCCCCCGAACCUCCUCCAUGGCCUACGAAAUCUACCGAAACCGCAACUCCGCCGAGUCCGACUUCAAACUGAUCAGCGACAUGUACGCGCGCGUGAUGGGUGAAGACAAAGUGCUCUGCAACAACGCGCAGAAGAAUCUCGACCGAGGCAUCUUCACCAACGGCCAGCUGCACCCGACCUAUGAAAAGGCGCCGCUGUUCUUCCAAAGCACCGUCCGCGACGUCAUCACGGAGCACUUCAACCGCGAGAAAGCCGAGGGCCAGCAGGUGUGGCCCGCGAGGCCGAAGUUGCCCGCCGACGCUAAAGUGAGUGAGCAGGACGAGGAGAUUUGUUCCGGGCUGGCCUGUGGAGCGCAGAAGGAGGUUUUGGCUUGGUAGGGCUUUUUGGACUUUGCGAGUUGUGCAUUUUGGUUUUGGUUCUGGGUCCUUCGUUUGUAUGUAGUUAGCCAUUGGCGUCUUUUUGUGUUAGCCUGUAUUUCUUGAUAUUGAAUUGGC